AUGGAGGAAACGCGAGCGAGAGACGUGAGAGAUAGAGAGUUGGAUGUUAAUGCGGCGCGCGCGGUGUCCGGUUCAUUCGCGGUGGUGAGCGGGGAGGGAACGGCGACGAAGAAGACUGGUGGUCAAACCAGAGACGUGUCAUUCGAGCAAGACGACGUAGAGGCGGAGGUUCUGAAGAUUCUUCGCGACGUGGUCGCAGACGCUAAAAGGGAGCGUGCGAGUGGACUCGAUUCCAAGAGUUGUGUCGAAUCACAAGACGGUGAUGACGGGCGCGACGAGAAGGCGCUGGUUUCGAUAAGUUCCAGGGGGCGAGUAAAAGAACGAAACGAGAGCCUCGCUAGGAUGGGAUGGGAUUUUGGAGCGAUUAUCAUCGGCUCGAUCACGAUCGCAAUGGCAGUUGUCGGUUUUCUAUUCGGUUUCUCCGUCGCUCGGUUCCGGUCUGGGAACGGCGACGUCGGAUACAGAAUUUCACCACAAGUGAAGACGCGAGUUGAACCCGCAACGAACUCACUCAUGCUCGACGGUAUCGACUUCGAGGCGAGUUGGAACAGCACGUUGCUUCGAGCCAAAACUCUUCACGACUCUCUGACGGACGACGAUGCGCGUCGACGUAUCAGAUCUGCCGCCAAGCGCGCUCGAGACGCGCGCCGACUCGCACUCGAGGCAUCUUCAUCCGAGGAAGAUGAGAACGACACGCUCGUGCGCGCGACCUGUCGAGCCGUCAUCGCCUUCUCCGAGCUCGAGCGUUUCUCGAGCGUCAACACGUCGCUCGAUCACGCGCAUGCCGAGCCGUCGGCUUCUCGCCAAGUAGUCUAG